ACGGGUGAUUAUCAAAAAUUUGGGUUAUUGGUCGGGCGGGCAAUGUGAAUCUCUUGAUUUCUGGCGUGGAGAGAGUGUAUGGUGAGACUGUCCGGUGUCAUUGAGAAAGCCGUCUUGGACUUGGAGACUGUAACGCUCGCACAAGUGGCACAACUUCAGGCUCAGUCCGUGGUCUGUCGGUCUAUAGAACGCACGUAUGUACAGUUACUCACGAACUGUGCCACUAAUUGCCCACUUCUUAUGCUGUUUGGCCACCUGUAAAUAAAUUUAAUAACGCCGAAACUCUUUAAGAAGAAACAAACAAAAAAACACACUUAUACACAACAAUCCAGUGAGUCCAAAGACAGUUGGGGUUUUCCUUGUUUUCGGUACAAUUAACUUUGUAUAUUUUUUUUGUUGGAUAGUGCUGUGCAGUGCCAGGGACUAAGUACUUUAUAAUAAUCCGUAUUCAAGCAGUGAUUUUGGUAUUAGAUGCGUUAAGAAUAUAAUGGAACAGGUAGCAGCAUUUGGUCCACCGCCGUUGCCACCGAAGACAAGAAGGUCCCCUCCAGUCUCAGCAACGGUACUAUCAAGUUCCACUGCAGACGUCUUCGGUUACACCGUGCCGGAAGUUCAUACAGGACAUUCGCAGAUCUGCAGCACUGGAACAACAUCGGGCAAUCAUGUCGUCAAAAUCCGCAUCAAUCCAGAAGACGCUAGUGUGAACAGUACAGGUGACGCGGGUGUCGUCUGCGAGAUAUCACCUUGCAUCCGUAUCAGCGUCAACUCGAACGAAACGGAGAUGAUUCAGAACAAUAUCACCGAGUCGGCGAACUCCAACGCUUAUUUCUACUACAAUCCAUUCAACUGCGGAACUGUUAUCUCGAGUGGACAGGUAUCACCUAGUGAUACCUUGGAUUCGGGCACAUGCAGCGAUCUGGAUAGUACUCCACCGCCUCCGUUGCCUAAGAAGAAAUCAGCAGGUGUCAGUGUGACCGUUAUCGGAGCUCAGCACAAGAGAGCACCCAGUUUGACGAGCAGCGGCGCCGACGCCGACAGCGAUGACAACGAGAGCAACAUCAGCUGCGACUCACUGAAUAGCGGGGACCUUCCGGAGGAACUUUCCGAUGACAAAUUUGUGAAGGAAUGCAAGGCUAGCGCAUUUCUUCCCCAAGGUCUUCUCAAAGACAUCAGAGAUAGAUCCAUCAAACUGACUCAAACCGAAAAGAUCGAACAACACGAUGAUCUUGGCGGCAUGAAGCCUGAGAAACAGAUCACCGAAUCCUUGAACAACAAUAACAAGAAGAUCAUCGAGGAAUGCAUUUACGAAGAAAGGGACCAAAAGCCUGCCGAUGCACCGACUAAUAUUAUUUACGACACUGACAAAUUCUACAAGUUUCAUUUGAACGAACAUUUGGACGAUGAGGAGAAUGUAAAAGUGACCAAUUUCAAUACACAAGGGGACGAGUCUUUUGCCGGCUACAAAGACUUGCUAGGUGAAGAUGGCGCAUCCACGAUCCGUAGCGCUCGUGGUACUGUUAGAGGUGUGAAAAAUCGUGUCAGAGCUGGAAUAGCUACAUUCCUUCAGAUCAAUGACUACGCGAAG